CCUACCAAUUGGUUCUUUUGGCCAUCACAAUUCAUAAUAACGAGCAGACAUAGCAGAUAGUAGGAAGAUGUGAAAGUGGGGACUUGGGACUAGCCGACUAAGGCCUUUUCUAUUUUGAAUCUUUGGUUUGAUUCCGUGUACCUAAGCAUGCACAGGGAUUCAAAUGCUCUCUACUGCUGAUAAAGAUGUCAGGAAAUCAAGUGCAUAGAUCCAUCCUGUCUUCAACAAAAUACCCUUUUUCCCCCCUUAACUUAUUAUUGGGUCACCCAUAUUGGAUGUGUGUUAUUCUAGAGGCUGAUACUUUGGUCAUCAUUACAAGCGAAGAAACGCCUCUUCACUCUCUGUCGAGUCUAUAUUUGCUACAUAUCCCUAUGCAUCAUUGCAUACAAGAAUAAAGAACAAAACUGUGUAUUUAUAGGAACUAAUGAUUUAUCAAAUUCUGCAUAUCCUCUCACUUUCUUCACUAAAGACGUAUAGGAACCAGAAGAUCAUGUGCGUGGGCAACAAGGUGAUUAAUUCGAUAGGUCUCCUUCACUCUUCAGCUAGGAAACGACGAUCCAAACGACCUAAAGUUCAGGUUUACAAGUUUGCGAGACGAAGUGAAAGGAUGGCAGGGGAAGAAAUGAUGCUAAAGAAUCUGAAGCUGUAUUUGGAGAACCAGAUUAUCAGCGAAGAAAACAAGAAGCUGAAGAACAAGGUUGUUCAUCUUCAGCAGGAGAAGCUUGUCCUGAUGAGUGGGCUUGAAAAGAAAUUUCAUCGUUUGAACCUAUUUUCUGUCACCCUCUAGUAUAUCAGGAACAAUUAAAAGUUGUGGACGACAGUCCUCCUUCUCCCUCUCCCUCAGCCCAUUAGCUUUUCUAGCCUUUUUUUUUAAAAAAAAGGAGUGCUUGCUAUGUGAAAGCU